AUGAGCAGUUAUUUAUCUGGAGAAAAAUAUGAGUUUCUGUCAACGUUAGGUUUAAUUGGGGUUGUAAUUGGAGGAGUGUGGUAUAUGACAAAAAAUAAUAAGAAAUUUUUGGGUAGAAAACUGAAUAACGAAGAAAUAAAAAAUGUGCUGGUUUCUGUUUCUAAUGAACUUCACCCGACUUUGAUGGAAUUUAGCCACUUGGUAUCAUCAAUCAAUAAUCCGACUGAUAGUUUAUCAAUUGAGUUUUUAAAUUAUGCUGAAACUAUUUUUUCGAAAGGUGGUUUUAAAGAUAAAAUUGUCAAAGCACAGAAAGAAAUCCUUAACACUUUAGCGAUUGAUCCAGAAAAUUUUGAGAAUUUAUUGUAUUCUGCAUGUAAAGUUGACAGAGAAAUUUUAAUGCUGAAAUUGGGCAUUGAUAAAAUGUAUCAAGAUUCAUUACUUGGAGUAUACCCACUUCUACCCUAUCUUGGAUCGAACGAAAAUUUUAGCAGAGAAUAUCCAAAAUAUACAAAAGACUAUAUCCUAAAUGGAUUAAGGAAACUAAAUAAUGAAAAGGAGAAGGGCUUCAAGACCAUAAUUGAGGAGAUUGGCGACAUAUCAGAGCAUGUAACGAAACAUCCCAUUUCAGGAAUAACUCCUUCUGAGGAACUUUCGAGAAGACUAAAAGAAGCAAAUAGGCGAAGCGAAGAUACUAUUUUCGGGUCGGUAGAGAAUAAAAGGUUAUUCUCUCAUGCAAUUGCACUAUAUUCAAGAGAGGUUGAGUUUGUUAAAAAAAAAAAAAAACUAGAGAAGGAACACAGUGAUAAUAUAUUAAAUAUCAUAAUCAACUGUAAGUAA